GGCCGGCCGUGUUAGUCAAUUGGCCGCAUGAGCGCGCCGUGCUAGCGCAGCGGGCGCGGGUGUGGUAUGCCCGCGCGCUCGCCAUGGCCCCCAUUCUGGCGGCCUUGGCGCUUCUCGCCCUUUUACCCGUGUCGGAACAAGGCCCGCAUGAGAAAAAGUUGCUAAACGCUUUACUAGCUUCAUACAACACACUUGAACGACCAGUCGCCAAUGAGAGCGAACCACUCGAAGUUAAGUUCGGCCUCACGUUACAACAGAUCAUAGACGUGGAUGAGAAAAACCAAAUCCUGACGACGAACGUCUGGCUUAACUUGGACGAGAAGAAUCAACUACUUAUAACAAAUAUAUGGCUGUCAUUGGAAUGGAAUGACUACAACUUAAGAUGGAAUGACAGCGACUACGGCGGAGUUAAAGACCUGAGAAUAACGCCGAAUAAAUUGUGGAAACCGGAUGUACUCAUGUAUAACAGUGCUGACGAGGGUUUUGACGGGACGUACCAGACGAAUGUGGUGGUCAGAAACAACGGCAGUUGCCUGUACGUGCCCCCGGGCAUUUUCAAGAGCACAUGCAAGAUAGACAUCACCUGGUUUCCCUUCGACGACCAACACUGUGACAUGAAGUUUGGUAGCUGGACUUACGAUGGCAACCAGUUGGAUCUGGUGCUAAAGGACGAAUCUGGAGGUGACCUUUCAGACUUCAUCACAAACGGAGAAUGGUAUUUAAUAGGGAUGCCUGGAAAAAAGAACACAAUAACAUAUGCAUGUUGCCCAGAACCAUAUGUAGAUGUGACGUUUACAAUAAUGAUAAGAAGAAGGACGUUAUACUACUUCUUCAAUUUGAUAGUACCGUGUGUACUUAUAUCUUCAAUGGCUCUUCUGGGCUUCACAUUACCACCAGAUUCAGGAGAAAAACUAACACUCGGAGUCACUAUUCUUCUAUCGCUGACGGUGUUUCUCAACCUGGUGGCUGAGACCCUGCCGCAAGUUUCCGACGCAAUUCCCCUGUUAGGGACGUACUUCAAUUGCAUCAUGUUCAUGGUCGCUUCAUCAGUAGUUCUGACAGUAGUAGUUUUAAACUAUCACCAUCGAACUGCUGAUAUCCACGAAAUGCCACAAUGGAUAAAAACUGUGUUCCUACAAUGGCUGCCAUGGAUCUUGCGAAUGUCGAGACCAGGGAAAAAAAUAACUAGAAAAACAAUAAUGAUGUCUAAUAGGAUGCGAGAAUUAGAACUAAAGGAGCGUUCUUCCAAAUCUCUCUUAGCUAAUGUAUUAGAUAUAGAUGAUGACUUUAGACAUGUGCCUCCACCGCCGAACAGUACUGCUUCGACGGGCAACUUAGGACCCGGCUGUUCAAUAUUUAGAACGGAUUUCCGUCGAUCGUUCGUGAGGCCAUCAACGAUGGAAGACGUGGGGGGUGGUCUUAGCGGCCAUCACCGUGAAUUGCACCUCAUUCUGAGAGAACUGCAGUUCAUUACCGCACGAAUGAAGAAAGCUGAUGAAGAGGCGGAGCUGAUUAGUGACUGGAAGUUUGCUGCGAUGGUUGUUGAUAGGUUCUGUCUCUUCGUGUUUACACUAUUCACAAUCAUCGCGACAGUCGCCGUUCUUCUGUCAGCACCUCAUAUCAUCGUUCAAUAACAAUAAACCUAGGUCCGAACCGCAAUUCUUCGAGAGAACUAAUCUUAGUAACUAUUCUAAUUAUAUGUACUAUUAUACUACUCAAAUACGUGGUCUAUAUACACGUAUACUAUAAUUAAGUCGAAAGACGGUAAACUAUGUCAUACAGAGCCGUAUUGAGUGUCGUUUAUUAGUAGAUUCUGAUAUACAUAUAUAACAGCAACAAAAUUGAAUUCCCGAUUAGUUAAUGACUGUUCUAAGAAAUGUUCAGUAAGUUUUUCAAAAACAAGUUUUCAUUGUUUAAAUAUAUAUUGGAGCCUCCGAAAUAAGUCUAGGGAGACCUGUACAUCAGGGUACUACGCUCUUCCAACGAUUUAAUGAAAUUGUAACUUAGCAAUCGUUACGAAAAUACUAUAUAAAGAAAAAUAGAAAAACUGAGACUUAUUACUAAAAUUAAUAUAAAGAUAUUAAAUGGCUAAAACUAUUAAUUAACGACCCUGACUACGGCUGUUAGAGUGUUAAGAGCAACAUAAAAACAAUUGUGAUGUUGAAUAGGAAUUAAUACAUAUUAAUGUUGAAUUGUUAAAAUGUAUAUUUCUAAACGCAUUUAAAACACUCGCUUACUAAUUAUUCGUGUUAUUAUAAAGGAAUUGUAUCUGUAGUCGACUACAGUCUAAUUAAUGGAAUUUAAUGGGAAUCAGACACUGCAAAAUGCAAAUGUGGGAACAUUGACGAUGACAUUACCUUAGAUAUAGUGUACAUAAGCUAAUAGUCAGCUAUUAGUAGAAGCGAUAGCUCAAGUAGAAAGCGUAAAUAUGGGGGACUGAUUCUAAUAACCAUGGAUCAUUCAAUGUAACAAUAAGAUACCGAAACUAACUAUAGUAUAACAGUAUUUAUAAUCAAAACAAGAUCUUAAUCGGCCCCUUGCCGUUUAAGAUUGUAAAUAGGUGGAAUCAGGUCCCAGAUUCCAUUACAUGAAAUUGGUUAUCGGAUAAAGAUAUCCAAUUUGAAUUUGGAAUAGUGGCAUUAAGAUAAGAACCAAGCACAUUGGAGACAAAAAUCAAAACCAAGUAGUAUCUUGAGAUGAAACUGGCUGAAACCUUAGAGUACCACUUAAAAUCGCAGGAUUGCAGGAUUUCAUACUCUUUGGCUAUGCCCAUCAUACGACUUGAUUACUAUAACUUAGCGUGUAUUGUAGAUAUAAUUACAUGUAUUGAGUAUCGUAUUUUGUAUAAUAAUUCAUGGUACAAUGAUAUACAGUGUUACAAUUUGGAAAUUCUCAUAAGGUGGAUGAAAAGUAUUGUGUAAGAUUGUAUACCAAUUAUAAAGUAUUGCCGGUAAUACCUUAUAUGAUUGUAGCAUGUCUUCUAGUCACAUUAUUAGUAUUGAAGUGUAGGACUGAGCAGCUAAGUUAACGGUUUUAAUCGCGAAGUACACUUACCACAAGUUCUAGGCUUGCUUAGUCAUUUUAUAGAAAAAUAAAAAUAUAAAAAAUUUAUAUCAGAGAAUUUGUGUGUAAAAAAUGUUGACAUACAAGAUGGGGCAUACUGCAUUUAAAUAGUGAAUUUAACUCUUCGUAAAUGAUUAAAUCUAUGUUGAUGUUAUUGUUGUCUUUUUCGCGGACAGUUUCGGCAACAGCAAGAAAUAAUUAAAGCUUAUUGUGAUUCACAGUAACCGCCAAUUAACCAGAAAGAUAUAGAAAAACAAUAAAACCUCAUUCAGAAAAACAAAACAAAUGAUUCACCUAUAAACGUUAGUAUUCUAGUGCUCAGUCCUCACUGUAUCGACGUACUUUAUCUAUAUCCGUUCCUCAAUUUCGCUCUUAUAGAUGUCGUGAUAGGCUAGUCGUCGUGUCCCUCUUUAAUAGGUUAACAUCAUUAAUUACGUAAUAAGGAAGCUCACUAAUUAGUGAAGUAAAUAGUAUAAUGUUAAAUUGUUUCAAAAUCUUUUUAUAAACGUAUUCCGUUAAAUACUUUUUGUUCUUUCAAAGCGUUAAUGUAAUUUUUUAAGUCUCACAGUUGGUGCUGAAGGUAUAUCACGAUUAUUAUCUAUUGUGACAUAUGUUUCCUUCUUUGUACCUAUUUGUUAUUAUUUAAGAUUUUUAUAUAGUUAUUUCAAAUCUUAAAUUUUUAAAAGGUACGAUAAAUAACGUGCCAAAAUUAUCGUGUUAUAAAUAUCGAUUUAAGUUCGUUUGUAGGCGGUUAAAUAAAUCAUAAAUGAGAGAUUUAUAGUUAAAUUAAACGAAAUAGUGUCUUUGUUAAUUUGUAUCGUUAAUGUUGGGACAUUGGGCCCCGUCAAUUGGGGAAACCAGCCAAUUUUCAAAGCUUAGUUAUUUAAUAUUCAGAGGUUGUGAAUUAUUGAGCCCGUUGACGGCGAUCCAAUGUUUGCUAAAAUGUUAAAUAUAAAAUGAGUAAAUGGAUCUAAAUUAAAAAAAAAACUAAACCUGCCUAGGACGAGGUACAUUUCAAAUAUUUGCGUAGUUUUAUUAUUUGACAAAACUGGAUUAGUUAGGAAAUAACAGGUACUUUUAAAUAAGAAAAUAAAGCUGCCAUAUUUUAAUGCAUCAAUUACAUAGAUAGGAACUAAUAAUAAUGAAGGUCGCCGAACUUGAUAUUUUUCAUACAUUCGCUUACGCAUUCCUACUUUGUCAAAAAAUUUUUUGGACCAAAUCGAAUUCAUAAUGCACCCUAAGCACAACCGAAACUAAAUGCUUUAAACUUGAAACAGGUAUUUUGAAUUUUAUUAACGCAUCAUACCUUGAAGUAUAAUACAGUCAACAGUUUUUUAUAUCAAGGAUUUUCGAGUUUACUCCCAUCGAAAUAGGGGUUUAAUUUUAAUCAGAUUUAAUACACUGUAUAUCAAGUCAAGCAUCAAGAUAAUCGAUUCAAUGGUUACAUAAAAAUCGACGUCAAUCAACGCAAAGUAUUGGUCUUAGCGCCACCUAUUUUGACUGGAGUACGUAACUAUUCUGAAUUUUUAAUAUAUUUAAUCUAAGAUUUUUAAUUCCCCGUUCCAUAAAGUAUCAAAUGCACACACCUACAAACUAUCGAUAUACGAUUGAAGUUUUUUUAACUAAAACAAAUUUUAAUUAUAUCCUGUCAAGUUCGUUAUUCAAAAUCAUAAGCAACAUUAAAGUUUAAAAAUCGCUUUCCUUGGUUAUUGGCUGUUGACCAAUCACAAUCAAGCGACGCAAACUACUAUUAUUUAAAAAAAUGUAUUUUAUUGGGAAAACUUCGGUCACAUUUAUGGAUAGAUUAAUUUAAAUAUAGAACUGCUCGCGAUACACAGCCUCCUUCCAAGGAUGUGAUGUCAUUGGAGAAUUGGUCCGAAGACGAUUCACAGUAUAUUUAACCAAUUAUACCCAAGAACGUCAUAUUGAAUGGACAGCUGAUAAUGGAUAGAGAGCUUUAAUCUUAAACAUUGUUAAAUCCGAUACUAUCUUCCUUUCAACCCUACACAAAGCCUAUUCGAGCCUUUUGUAGGCAUUGUAAGCUUAUUCAACUAUUUUCUUGUAAGGUAUUGAUUUGCUAUGUACAAUAAAAGCAGAUAUAAAGAUAUUUUUAAUAAUUGUGUUAGAUUUUGUAUAACUUUUAUUUAAAUUGUAAUAUACGAUCGCGUAGAUUCACAUGUUUAGUUUAAUAUUGGUUUAGGUACAUAAAUCCACUUCUUGUUACAUAUAGUUUCAUGAAUAAAUCAGACAUACAAAGCAAUGAUCACUAUAAUAUUAUAUCAUAAAGUAAAUCCAGAGAUUCAGGCAAAUUUCGAUUUUGUUUAAAAAAGUUUUAGUAGAUAUUGUGAAGUGGAUUUACUGUCGUCUCGCAUCAAGUUUGCGUACGGCUAAACUGUACUUAGGAAUUUUCGUAAUAACCAUGCAUUUAAUUUGUAUUUAUAAAACUUCAUGGACGUGCCACGCUUCUUACAUCAAGUAUUUUUCUCAUUCCAAGUUGUGUUCCUGUGGUAAAUAGUCAAAAUAAUUAAAAAAAUUAAUAUGACUGCAGCUAAGAUAAACAGACUAAUGUAAGUUUGUAAAGAAGCCCCUAUGGAGGCAUUUGUAAUAGAUGUCACUAAAUAAAAUGAAUAAAUUUGUAAAAAAUAUUUAAAAACAACGGGUAAUACGGUUAUUCGUAAAAUUAUCGUAA